AUGAAAACACCGGGCACAUUACGAAAAAGCAAUGUAUUCGACUACAGCUACGACGAUUGGGAGACAUCUACACUAUCAGUUUAUGACAUUAUAAAUACAGAAUCUAGUACUACAGUAUCCAGUACAACUACAUCACCUAUAGUAGUAACAUCUACUACACCUCUAGCGACUAUCACUUCAAGUGUUACUACAGAACAUACUAAUGUGACUUUAGAUUCCAAUAUAAAAGAUACUAUCGCUAAUGAUACAACAACUAUAGAUAAUAUUUUAUCUAGUGAUACAGAUAAUUCAACAACAAAUGCUACUGAAAGUGCAACAGAUACUACUAAAGUGAUAGAAACUACUACAGUAACAACUAGUAGUAUAACGCCUCUAAAUGAUACUGAUUUAGAUGAACUAUUGUAUAAUUAUUUGACAACAACACAUCAGGCUGAAUUGUUGAUUACUCCGGAUGUAACUGUUGAAAACGCAUCACAGAUCAUUCCACCAUCAUCUACAAUCCAUCCAAUCGUCUGGGAAGUGAAAGACCUCACAGAGAGCUUGAAGUUUGGCUUCUUCACCACCACGAUGAUAUCUUUAACACGAGUGGUAGCGUCUAAAGAUGAAGAUGACCUGCAUCUGUUGUUGACAGCUUUGAACACGGAGAUUAUGCGAUUGAACAGAGCAAACCGCUUCGGGAUGUUUGGUCCUGUUGGAAUCUACACAGUAGAAGCUUUGGCCCAAAUGAUGGCUCUGUCUCCCGCCGAUCUAGUACAAUCACAAGCAUCCCUCCUAAACUUCGCUCUAACAACACGAAAAUCAACGCUAAACCCAGAAGUGAACGCAAUCAUGGACCUUAUAGACAACAUAUAUACAGACGAAGAUGCCUUAAACGUCAUAACAUGUAUCGCCAAUAUAGAUGAUUUCCCGAACACAACGAAAAACGAACAUGAAAUUGUGCAAGAAUUGAUUGAAGCUGUACUUUUCAUACCGUAUUCAAAAAUAAAAGGAACUCAUAAGGAACAAUUGUUAAUGCUAGAAAUAGAAAACGUAAUAUCUAAAAACGUUAAUAUUAACCCAGGAGCUAUGCAACGCAGGAGCGGCAUUACGUUCAAACCAAUGAGGAAUUAUUUUAGACGUGAGUUAGAUUUUGGUUCCUUGACAUGUAGAUUGGGGAUUUAUUUAUUGCAUCUAUGCUAA